AUGCUGCAAAUCGCGCGGCAUCCCGCCGAGGCGGGCACCGCCGAGUGGACAGUUUUCUUCGUCGCCAUUGGACUCUACCCCGCAGUUGCAGUCACUGUGUGGCGCUGGAACCGCCGCCGCGCAGUCCUCUUUCAAGUGCCCAAUCUCAGCCUCCUUGACGCGCUACAGCACGAGAGCGACCGCGUCCGAGCCAUCGCGGCCGUGACCGUCACGCUCGAGACCGCCGAGCGCGACAUGAAAUCGCUGCAGUCGAUUCUACUGGCCUUGGAUGCGUGCUUGACACGGCCUAGGGUGACCGAGACGACGUUUGCGGCGGCCUAUGCGUGCCAGGCCACGUGGUUCCUCUGGUACACCAACUUUGAUUUAAGGGACUAUGUUGCUGAGAGCGAGGCCGAGCCGAUUGUACCGUUUGGGUGCUGGGUGCAUCCGACUUCAAGCCGUUCAAGUCUGGCGACAAAGACGGCAGUUCCAUUUCGGCAGCGGCUGAGUCUCUCGGGCAGAAUAAUGCCGUGGCGCCUCGGUACCAAAUCGGACAGCUUUGUGCAGCAGCCAGCGUCGCUUGCACAUGCCUUCCUCGUCGCCCCCACACCGCUUGACUCGGGCAUCAAACCGCGUGGCGUCCUGCGUGGCGGGCCCACGGAUCAGUCGGCCCUUCUCCAGCUCGUGGAAAAGGCAACGGACCUUGCGCACGCCGUGUGCAUGACGACCCGCAUCAUGGACAAUACGGCAAUCCGGUUUUGCUUUCAACAUGCGGUCAAGACGCUUGCCGAGCUCUGUCGAAGCUCGUGUCGCCGCAGUCGACUCCUCGCCAGCAAAGUGCUUCAAGAAAUGUACCAAGCUGGCGUCGUCCAGGUCAGCCCAACCACGUUCUUCUACGUAGCCGCCAACCUCACCGUCUCAUCCUCCUACACUAAAGCCGCGUCUGCUGCUCGCACCCUCGUCCAGAUUGUCAACGACCAUGACGAUGUAUGGGUCGCCCGGCACAUGGCUGACGCCAUUACACUACGCCUUGUCGUCGAUGCAAUGCACUUGCAUCGGCUCGACAGGGGCUUUGUCGCGAGUCUGCUCACCGUUCUCUUGCAAGGCUUGACGACGUUGACGACGCUCGGCGGGAGAGGCCCCAACGCCGCCACGUACCUCGACCGGUCGCUGGUUGCAGCCCUCCUCGAGCUGCAGUGCCACCCGCUGUCGGCCCUCGCGGCUGCUCGUCUGGACGAUGUUCUGGCCACGCUACACGAGAUCUGGGAAAAUCGGCCCAACCGGCUGCGGCGCAUCGUCAAGCAAAUGUCCAAGACACGGAUACUCGUUCGUAGUAUCGCGCGCCCGUCGGACGCGGCUUAUACGCUCGUGACAACAGCGCAGCUCAAGCUCAUCCACGACCGUCAACGCACGCGAAGUGAGCUUGUGGCGACGAUUCACAGCGUCCUUGCCGAGGGAUUGGCUUCGAGCGCACGGCAGAGCGACCUCUCGGACACUGUGCAAGCGACCGUGGCGAUGUUGUCGCCGCUGCUGAGCACGCGAAGUGACUUGCUCUCGUAUAUCCACAGUCAACUGACGACGGCCGAGUACUGGUACCUCUGCGACCUCAUCGGCCGACCACGACCACGCAAUGCCACCGCGGCGACACGGAGCCGUGAAGAUCGGUAA